CCUUCGCGAUGGCAGAGGAGGCAAUGUUCGACUUCAUUCACAUGGAAGCAGUUUCCUACGUUUUUCAGGGAGGCGAAAAGCUAGCCGAAGCUCACAGGCUUUUCCCUGAUGGAGAAGGCUGUGGCGAAAGCACAUCGGCUGGUGGCGACCUUGUGCAUAAAGUCUGUUUCCGAGUAGGGGUACCCUCCACAUUCGGCCAUCAUGGCAGCUAUGGCGGAGUACUGAACACGACGAUGGCAUGCAGGAUGAAGCAGUAUCAAAGCUUGAGCACAUGGGUUUUGCCACUGGAUAUCGAUUAGUAGAAAGGUUGACACGAGAAUCUGGCCGCUACAAAGAUGAACUAGACAUAAUGAAAUAUAUCUGCAAAGAUUUAUGGGUAACUGUAUACAAGAAACAAAUUGACAACUUGAGAACCAAUCAUCAGGGAGUUUAUGUCCUUCAUGACAACCGAUUCCGUUUUCUCUCACACAUGGCUACAGGAAAGCAGUAUCUUCAAUAUGCCCCCAGGUAUCUUGCCUUCACAUGUGGACUUGUGCGUGGAUGCCUUGCCAACCUGGGGGUCACCUGUGUGGUAACAGCAGAAGUGACACAGCUCCCUGCCUGCAAGUUCCAAAUUCAAGUUCAGCGGGGAUGAUAGACAUGAACUUUUUUUUUUUGUAACAUGCAUCUCUUUAUUUAAUUAGUUAUAUAUAUGUAUCCGUAUGUAUAUGUGCACCUGUAAGGUUUCUUUAAUUAUGUUUAGUUAUUAGAAGGAUAAUCUUUUUUUUGUAUAUUUAUGUUACUGAAUAUUGAUUGAUGUGGUAUGUCACAAGGUUCUAUGACUGUAUGUAGAUAACUUUCUAGAUAUUUAUAGAGACAGAUCUUUACAUUAUUAAAUACAAAGGAUGCUUUUAUAUUCAUAUGGAUGAUAACAUAAAUGUCUUCUAUGUGCUCCUCCAUUCUUUUCAUAGUCUGUUGAAAGUAUAUUAUUUAUUUCCUUGGUGUAUAUUACAUGCCCCACCUAGGUUUGAUUGGAGAGCAUCUUUGUAAAUAAUACAUAAUAGAUUAUUGACCUUUUUAAAUAAAAUUAUAGAUUAGGUGUAAUGAAUUGAAUUGUAUGAUUCAUAGAACUUACUGCAUUAUUAUCAAGUAUUUUUUCCUCAUUGGUGAAAUAAAACAGAUUAAAAACUAUGUUGUAUCAAGGUAAAUAUUCCAGAAUAGUACAUUCCAGCAAAUUGAAGUAUGUGUAAUCUGGAAAUUGAUCAAUGAUUUUAGUUCUGGAGAUUUCAUAUAACCAGAUGUUUAACCCCAUGCUGCUGGGUAGCAUGUAUGUACAUGCCAUUGAUGUAUUGGACCAAGUAGCUGGUGACUUCGCAUCAAGACCAUUCCCAUCAUUUCUAUGGUGAAACUUUUGGCCAAUAAAACCUAAAGUGAAGGUAAACCCUCACAUUAAAAAAAAAAUAAUAAAUUUACAUGAUGUCAGAAUACAAGUUUUUAGGUACCUAAUAUUGCCCACAAAGUGCCAAAUGAGCUGGAUGCAAACAGGAAACUGUCAAUGUGCGCCAACAUCCUGCAUUAAUGGCCUCUUUCCAAAUCUUUGCCUCAGUGUUAAUGGGUUAACCAGUGCCUCAUCGAGAACUUUGGGUUUGCUUGGCCUCCACUUCAGGGAAUAUGCAUGCCUCCUGGGCCAAUUUCAGACUUGGCUAGUGCAUCGCACUCUCUGCACUAAACCAACAAAGUGAUAUGAUUUCUUUUUGUAUUACAGAUAUCCAAAACAUGAUUUUAAUGUUUUUGUAUACUCAGAGAUGCAUGAUAUUCAUUUAAGGUUUCUAGAAUGAAUCUAUUAGCUUAUGUAAAUAACAGUCUAUUUCAAUAAAUUAGGUGUGUUACACUCUGUGUAAAAGAUG